AUGUCAGAUCAACAUCUUUCAUAUCAUUUACAGCAACAAUAUUCACCACUUAUUAUCCCAACAUCGAAUUACAAAGUGAUACAUGUGAACAAAUAUACAUCAUUAGAAAAUCUGCAAUUGCUGAUUGGUCUCGUACAAAAAUGCACGCAAUACACUAGUGAUACUGAAUCUGAACGAUCAAAUGGUAAAUUGGCGUUAAUUCAAAUUCAAGCCAUACCUCGACGUUUACCAGCAUUAGUGAUAUUAAUUGAAUUGGAGCAUUUGCCACCAAAUAAUUCAUGCAUGUACGUAAAAAUUAAAGAAAAUUUUUUAUUCAUUUUUAAAUCAGGAAUAGAACUGUAUUCUUGGGGUGAUAUGGACGAGGAACUCGCUCGGCUUAAAGAUUAUGAAUUCUUUAAAUGGCCAAUAUUAGCAUUAUUAAUUGAUAUCCAAUCUUAUUUUCCUGGUUGUCAAUUUGCUGGUCCAGUUAUACAAACACUACCACAUAAAUCCGCUCAUCGACGCCGAACACAAGAAGCAAGAAGCCGCAGAAACUGCAUCAGAAAUAAUACAUUACGAAUACGACGUUAUCAAUAUUAUCUCCAAUACAAUAUUUAUUAUCGAUUUACGAUGAAAUUAGUAAAAGAAAUUCUUCGUCAAAAUCAAAUUAAACAUACACAUGUCAAAGUCGCCGAUGUCUUAUUAAUUAUUGGUUUUAAACAUGACAUGCUGAAGCAACAAUAUCAACAACAGUUAUCUGAAGAAUUAUUUACAUGGCAUAAUUAUUAUCAUCAGCAUCAUCGUCAUUAUCAACAUCAUCAUCGUCAUCAACAUCAUCAUCGUCAUCAACAUCAUCGAGAUCGUCGACAUCAUCAUAGUCAUCAACAUCAUCGAGAUCGUCGACAUCACUAUCAUCGAUAUCAACAUCGUCAUCAUGAACAUCAUCGUGAACAAUAA